AGGUUCGAAUAUGAUUAUACAAAAAUCACAAAAGAAUGAAAAAGCAAGUGGACAAGUGGUGAAAAGUAUACAGUAGAGCACAAUGUGCCUAUAAAUUUGGCAAUUACGUAGACAAAAUUUAACACAGGGACAAAAGGUGGGUGGGGGGGGGGGAGGAAGAGGAAAAUCCCAUUUUUCUACAAAUUAAUUUCAUAAGAAUUAUUUGGAAAAAUUAUGGGAGUUGAAAUUAGACGAGCUACCAUUAAUGGUGAAAAUCACAGUGAAAGUGGUAACACAGGUGCACCAGUUGUACUUGGGCUUCAACCAUUUGCUCUUGUAGACCAUAUAGCUAAAGUUGAUUGGUCCCUUCUCUCCCAAAUUCCUGGUGAACCUGGUGGCUCUUUCCCUGUUGCAGUUGAAGAGUUGAAGCAUAUACUCAACGAGCUCAACGCCCAUAUCCUUCCUUCUACUGACAAUGAAUCUCUAUUGAAGACUAUAGCUGGAGGUAGUGUUGCAAAUACAAUUAGAGGGUUGGCUGCUGGCUUUGGGAUUAGUAGUGGGAUCAUUGGGGCUUGUGGCGACGAUGAAGAAGGUAAAUUAUUUAUGAGCAACAUGGGCUUUUACAAAGUGGAUCUCUCAAGAUUGAGAUUGAAGAAUGGAACUACGGCUCAGUGUGUUUGUCUGGUUGACGAAGUUGGCAAUCGUACCAUGCGGCCCUGUUUGUCUGGCUCUGUGAAAGUUCAGGUAGAUGAACUGAAAAGAGAGGACUUCAAAGGUUCCAAGUGGUUGGUAUUGAGAUAUGCCAUCCUGAAUAUUGAAGUUAUUAAGGCGGCCAUCAAAAUAGCAAAGGAAGAAGGCCUUUUUGUUUCGUUAGAUCUAGCCAGCUUUGAGAUGGUGAGGAAGUUUAAAUCACCUCUAAUUGAAUUAUUGGAGUCGGGAAACAUCGACCUUUGCUUUGCAAAUGAGGAUGAAGCAACUGAGCUUCUAAGGGGUGAAGAGAAAGCAGAUCCUAAUGCAGCACUUGAAUUUUUGGCUAAACAUUGCAAGUGGGCUGUUGUCACCUUAGCCCAAAAGGGGUGCAUUGCAAAACAUGAGAAAGAGUUUGCCCGUGUUCCAGCAAUUGGCGAGGCAAAACUUACUGACGCUACAGGUGCCGGAGAUCUGUUUGCAAGUGGGUUUUUGUAUGGAUUGGUAAGGGGACUGUCACUGGAGGAAUGUUGUCGGGUAGGUUCUUGCAGCGGUGGGUCUGUGAUUCGAUCUCUAGGAGGUGAGGUAACACCUGAAAAUUGGCAAUGGAUGUACAAACAAAUGCAGGCCAAGGGACUCCAGCUUCCAGAGCUAAGCAAAUCCGCUGUUGUGAAUUAGAAGAGUGGCCGUGUUUUGUUGUCGUGAAGUUUCUUUCUCGAGCUUAAAUCCUCCCAGUUCCAUUAUGAUGCCCCGCAACUCAAAAGUAAUAGGAAAAAGAACGAGCAGCGCUGUGUUUUUUUAAGUGCCUACUCCUAUUUGACUUGUCGUGAAGAAAUGUUGAACGUAAAAUUUCAUAUUGUUUAGUCUGGAUCUCCCAUCUUAAUUUAGGUGUCAAGAUUCAGUUUUAUAUCCAGUGUCUUGCACAGAGAACCAAUCUUUUACCCCCUUUUUCCAUUUAUGAUCUGUAUCUCUUAAUUGAACCUUGUUUUAUACCCCUCCAUGGCAAGAACAUGUAUCCCCCUUCUCAAGACAAACUAAGAGAAAUUUAAGAUCAAAUAGAUCGUCGAUGGUUUUCUCUGUGAUUCAA